AUGGAUCCAGACUCAGAUGCGCCGGAAAGCUUGAGGAGCAGCACGCCAGACGACCAGACGAGAGAAUCGGUGAUAUCUGCUGCCUCGGAAUCUGAGGAUGCGCCUUCCCCUCCUACGCGACGUGUUCGGAUUGAGGUCGUUAUUCCCGCCCAUGCGCCUUCCGCCUUCGAUGAAUACGUCGACCUUCAGAGCAAGGUCGUUGAACGUGUUGUCGAAGAGGUUUCUGCGCCAGAGGGAGGUGAUCUAUGGUACCAGGUUGAGUUCCGAGACGGACGCCAUAAUAUUGUGUCUUUCGACGAACUUAUCCAGCUAGAAGGAGGCGCAGAAGCACUCAACUCGUGCCAAUACGGCCCAAACUCGGAGACAACCCAUCGACCGGCAAAAAGAAGGCGGGUUUCUCACGAUCUCUACGAGUCUGACGAAGAGGGGUUGGACAGGAUGAACAUUGAAGAAUCCGAAGAUGAAGAGGACGAGGAUGGUCCCGCGGUUGACGAGAGUGACGAAGACGAAGAACCCCGAAGCAGGCACGUGCGCCGUUCUUCUAGACGUGCCCUUCGACCUAAACAACCGGUUUCUUACAAACUUGACCAUUGGCUCGUUGACGGCGGAAGGAGUGUGGAAGAGCCGCGGCAACUGCGACCUCGCCGGUUGACCAGUCUAGUUCGCUCAAAGAACGGCGAUGAAGACGUUGAUGAGCUGGCAGGAGAGCCCCCCGCCCUUCAGUCCUCAAGCGAUGACGAUGACGAUUUCCAGUUGGUGAGGUCUGAUCUCACUCCCGCUCCGAAGGGAAGAAGUCGAAGGAGGAAGAAACACCGGCGCCUAAGGGCCAGAGCAUCUGUAGCUAUGUCCACACGCUCUCGUGGCUCUUCAAUCGAGUUCGAACGUCCUCGCCGGUCAGGCAGGUCUACUCGAAACACCAAAGUGAUGACUGAUUCAGCUCCAAUGGACCUCGACUCUUUUUACGUCUCGGAUGAUAAGGCACCGGGCGCUCCAAAAGCCGUUACCAUCAAGGAGAUCUUUAAGCCUCUUCCAAGUACCUCCGAAUUUGUCCAGUAUCACAUGUCCGUAUGCGAUGUAUGUAACCAGCGCGCAUCGCCGAAGAGAGGCGGCCUGAUUCACUGCCAAGGCUGCACCCUAAGUUUCCACAAGAUGUGCAUUGGUAUCCGGCAGGUCAGAGAACACGUCGUGACGAAAGUGGCAGAGGACAGCUUUGUUAUCCAAUGCAAGUUCUGCGUCGGCCGUGUCCGGGCAAAGGAGAACACCGCCCGGCAGAGCAUGUGUCAAGCCUGCCGCCAGUUUGGUCUCUCAUGCGCCCCAUUUUCAGAGAAGAAAACCGCCAGACAGGAAGAAGCCUUACGGCAACAGAAUGGAGGUGUUGAUCCCGUCACCGAUGUUGCACCAUCUCUGAUUAACAAUGCUGACAACGUCCUCUUUCGGUGCAUUGGUUGCCGGCGUCCCUGGCACAUCGAGCAUUUGCCAACCACUCGAGCCCUGGAGUCUGACUUGGCCGACAUUAAGGAUGAGAGGUUCAAGGAGUACUCCGUCGAUUGGAAAUGCAACGAGUGUUCCUCCGUGAAUAACAAGAUCGAUACCCUUGUUGCUUGGAGACCUGUGAACCAGAACGACACGCAGGAUACCGGAGCGUUGUCUUACGCAGACGUCGGUGAGGAUGACAAGGAGUAUCUCGUCAAAUGGGGGGGUCAAUCCUACUUCCAUUGCACCUGGAUGCCUGGUGCAUGGAUUAGUGGAGUGGCACACGGAAUCAUGCGAACCGCAUUUGGCAAGCGAGCAGAUCAAAAUAACCUGCUGCGACUGACCAAGGACGAUGCUAUUCCCGAGGAAUAUCUCCGAGCGGAUGUCAUCCUCCAGGUGAAGUAUGACCGUUUUGCGCCACGAGCAACAAACAAGGAGCAAGAGCUUGCCCGUGUCUCCCAUAUAUCAAAGAUAUAUGUCAAGUUCCAAGGACUCGGCUACGAUGAUGUCGUCUGGGACGAGCCUCCAAGCCAGGAUUCAGGUGCCAUUUAUGCUGCGUUCGAGUCGGCAUUCAUCGAGUAUGUCAAUGGCCUUUAUUUCCAGUCUGAUUUGCCUUCAAAGAUGAGAGAGCGAGUUCGGCAGUUCAAGGAAAAGUCUUUCAAGGACGAAAUCGAGCUAGCAGAACAGCCUUCUGGCUUACGGGGGAAGCUGAUGAAGUACCAACUUCAGGGAGUCAAUUGGAUGCUUCACCGGUACCAUCAAAGCCAGAAUGCUAUUUUGGCAGACGAGAUGGGUCUUGGUAAGACGGUGCAGGUUAUAUCCCUCAUAUCUACCCUCGUGUACGAGAGUCCGAGGUGCUGGCCGUUCCUCAUUGUGGUGCCCAAUUCCACGUGUCCGAAUUGGAGAAGGGAAAUUAAGCACUGGGCGCCGGACUUGCGAGUGGUGACUUACCACGGCGGCAAGAUGCCCCAGGACCUUGCAUACAAGUACGAGCUCUUUCCGAAUGACUCAAAGGAGAUGAAAGCGCACAUAGUUGUCAUGUCUUAUGACUCUGCCCAGGAUGAGAGGACCCGUGGACUCUUCCGGUCGGUCCAUUGGGCGGGCGUGGUCGUCGAUGAGGGCCAGCGUCUCAAGAAUGACAAGAACUUGCUCUACCUCGCCUUGCAAGCGAUGCAUUUCCCAUUUAAGCUACUCCUUACGGGUACACCACUUCAGAACAACAAGCGAGAACUUUUCAAUUUGCUACAGUUCGUCGACUCUAAGUACGACGCCGUCCAGUUAGACGAGGAGUACCAAGUUUUGACUGCCGAAAAGGUGCGGGAGCUUCAUGGCAUCAUCAGCCCUUAUUUCCUUCGACGAACCAAGGCCGGAGUGCUCAAGUUCCUACCUGGAAUGGCGCAAAUCAUUAUUCCUGUCACCAUGACUGUUGUGCAGGAGAAACUCUGCAAGAGCAUCAUGGCCAAGAAUCCAGACUUGAUUCGGGCCAUCUUCGCAAACGGGAAAUUGGCGGCCAAAGACCGGGGCUCUCUCAACAACAUUCUCAUGCAGCUUCGGAAAUGCCUAUGUCACCCGUUCAUAUACUCCGAGGCGAUCGAGGAGCGAGAUGUGGACGCUAAGAAAAUGCAUCGGAAUCUGGUGGAGGCCUCUGGAAAGCUGCUUCUCUUGGAACUUAUGCUCCCAAAGCUCAGAGAACAGGGACAUCGGGUUCUUAUCUUCUCCCAGUUUCUUUCUCAGCUCGACAUUGUCGAGGACUUCCUGGUCGGCAUGGAGCUGAGCUAUAGGAGGCUUGAUGGGAGCAUGUCAAGCCUGGAGAAGCAGAAGCGCAUCGAUGCAUUUAAUGCACCUGGUUCUGAUAUAUUUGCCUUUCUCCUGUCAACACGAGCUGGCGGCGUCGGAAUCAACCUUGCAACGGCCGACACAGUCAUCAUCAUGGACCCCGAUUUCAAUCCUCACCAGGAUUUGCAAGCACUUUCUCGAGCCCACCGUAUUGGACAGAGAGACAAGGUUCUCUGCUUCCAGCUGAUGACACGGACCUCUGUCGAGGAGAAAAUCAUGCAGAUGGGAAAGAAGAAAUUGGCGCUAGAUCAUGCCCUAAUCGAGCGUAUGGACAUGGAAGAUGCGGGUGACGAUUUGGAAGGUAUCCUCAGGCAUGGUGCAGAGGCCCUCUUCAAUGAUAACGAAAAAGAAGUCAUUCGCUAUGACGCCGCAUCGGUGGAGAAACUGCUCGACAGAUCACAAGCGGACAAGCCUGCCGCUGAGGAUGAGGCUGACGAAGGCGCAUUUUCUUAUGCCCGAAUAUUCUCGGCGGAAAAGGGCGGUAUUGAAGAGACUACCUUGCAGGAUUUGGACACCCCUGGAGAAAUGCAGCAGAGUGUUUGGGAUGCUAUCCUUGCCGAAAGAGAAGCGGAAGCUGAACGUGUACGGAAGACGAACGAGGAGAUACUCGGUCGUGGUGGGAGAAGACGCCAGGCCGUCAACUAUCGCACGAACGCAAAACAAGUCUUCGGCUUAGAUGCUGCAGAUUUAAGCGAUUCGGGCCAUGGUGGAGAAUCUAGCGGCGGCGAAUCGGAACUGUACAAGGGCGGGGAUAAGGAACAAGCCUCUAGUACGGAGUCCGAGAGCCGAGAACCCCCCCGCGGGACCACAGACACUCUCGCCGACCAAGGCGCGAACGACCAAGUCAAGUCCGACGUUCUCAGCCUCAACGAAACGCAAGAUGGGGCAGGGCCAGGGACUCGGAAGCGGAAGCGGAAGAAGAAGUCUCCCGAGAGCCAGCCCAAUGGCGCGAGCAAGAGCAAGAACAAGCUCGUCAACCCCCAGCAAGAACGACAACAGCAGUCCCAGCAAGAGCAAAUCCGACAACAAAACCCCCAACAACAACACACCCAACAGCAAAUCCAACACCCUGAACCCCAACAACAACGCCUUCAGCAGCAAAUCCAACAAGAAGAGCAACUCCGCCGACAGCAAUACCUCCAAACCAAAUUCCGAGAACAGCAGCUCAAACAGCAGCAACAGCACGUCCUCCGACAACAUCUCCAACAACGACAGCGAAUCCAGCAGCUAGCCCACCAGAUGCGAGAAAAUGGACCGGCGUCUGGACCGCUUCGUUGGCCUGCUCCCGGGGCAGGGCUCACCAAUGGCGUACCCUUAAACGGCUUGGCUGGUCCAUUCAACCAGCAGUUCUUGGUCCAGCAGCCCACCCCAGCCUUCAAUGCACCUUUGGUGAUGACGGCCGGGGCACCUAGUGCCCAAGCAUUUGAUGCGCAAUUCUCAUUUACAGAUCCACGCCGCCCGGGCAUCAUCUUUUAUACCCCUCUCAGCACAGCGGUUCCCAAUAAUCUCCAGGUUCAAUAUCGACCCCCGCAGCCUUCCACAGCCCGACCGAGCCCACGCCAAGCGCAUACCCCACAAGCGGCGCAGAGUCCUACGGUUCAUUCGGCGGAUCAAGCUCUUAAUAAAACGGAGGUCCGACUUGCUCUAGACAAUCUGAGAACGCAGGACCUCCCCUCAUCAGUCAAAGAAGAGCGCCGGCGGAUACUCAAAUCAAGGCUAAAGGAAUUGGAAUAG